AUGGAUAAGGCACCUGAGAAAGAUAAUAAGGGGCGGUCGAUUCUCGAUUGGGUAAACCCCAACGACAAAUCCGGCGAAUUCAAACGCUCAACCUCCGUCUUCCGCAACUGGAUCUCGCCCGAUCCCUCCGCCGAGUUCCCCGCCGAACCAAACCGCUACCACCUCUACGUCUCCUACGCCUGCCCCUGGGCCCACCGCACACUAAUCGUGCGCCAACUAAAAGGCCUAGAGGACCUAAUCUCCUACACCAGCGUCCACUGGCACAUGCAAGAAAAAGGCUGGCAUUUCGCCCCCGCCUCAGAGACGAUUUCCGGAAACACAACACCCGACCCUCUACACCCGGACUACACACACCUGCGCGACAUUUACUUUGAACAGAACCCGGAUUACGAGGGUAGAUUCACGGUGCCUACGCUGUACGAUAAGAAGACUAAACGUAUUGUGAGUAAUGAGAGUGCGGAGAUUAUUAGGAUGAUGUAUACGGCGUUUGACGGGUUGGUUGAGGAGAAGUACAGGGGGGUUGUUUUGUUGCCUGAAGAGUUGAAGGAGCGGAUUGAGGAGAUGAAUGGGUGGGUUUAUGAGGGGGUUAAUAAUGGAGUUUAUAAGUCGGGUUUUGCUACCACCCAAGAAGCCUAUGAAAAAGCAGUAACGACACUCUUCGAAUCCCUCGACCGCAUAGAAGCCGAACUGGCCAUAUCGAGCACACCCUACCUGCUCUCCAGCCCUCACGUCACAGAAGCAGAUAUCCGCCUCUACACCACAGCCAUCCGCUUCGACCCUGUGUAUGUCCAGCAUUUCAAGUGCAACAUCCGCGAUAUACGCAGUGGGUACCCGCAUAUCCACAAGUGGAUGAGGCAUUUGUACUGGGAUUAUCCCGCCUUCAAGGAUACGACGAAUUUCGAACAUAUCAAGAAACAUUAUACCAAGAGUCACGGGCAGAUUAAUCAGUUUGCGAUUACGCCGUUAGGGCCGGUACCGAAUAUCUUGGAAAAGGAAGAGGAGGUUGCUAGUGUUAAGGCUGCGGUGGAGAAGAAGUGAGGGGUGACUUUGAUAGUUGAGUGAUUUGUUGAAUAAGUUACACAUGACAACUUGAUUGCAACUCCAGUAGAGACACGCAAUACAUUUUCUCAUGACA